AUGGAAAUGACGGCGGCGGCGCGCACUAUGGCCACACAAAAGUGGGCGGACCGCUUGGCGACACCGGCUAAUAUGCGGGCCGACGGCAACGAACGAGACGACGUCAGCGGCCGAAGAGACGCAGAUUCGGACAGAGGCAACAAUGCCACGCAUGCACUCCUCCAACGCGCAGCACUGACUCAGCAUUCAAAGAAAGAGAAGGAAGUGGUGGAGGUGGUGGUGGUGGUCGGCUUUGAGACCGUCUGCCCGAUUCGAGCGCUGCGAGUCUUCCCACUAACCGUUACCGACCACGGCUACGAGACGGCAACCGAACCGCGUGAGGCAUUGAGUGCGACUAAUUGGGCUGGUAGCCGGUGUGAUGACGAUCCGCGCAUACCACCUGCUCAGCAGAUUGUUAGCAUUAGCAUCAUCUUCAUGCAUUGUGAAUUCUCAUUAGCUGUCCAGUGCAGGUGUGGAACGGGUAGACGAAAACAAUCGGAUGCACGUCACAGAUAA